UUUGCUGCAGCGUCUCUACUUUCGCUUACUGUAUUUUAGUAAAACAUUUCGUCUUUCUACGGGACAAGAUAAAAUUGUGACUAAGUUAAAAGCUUCAUUUGCUCACAGCAAUGUCAAGUUGCUCAACUAUCCACCUAACUUUACCGCAGUGGGAUGGAGGCUCGCGGAAGAUUCGCUUCAUCCACUUAGUGAAUGUGACAUCCUUCAGGCUGACAGAGAGCCCCAACAAGAGUCCAGGGACCCCUCUCUUUUUAGGAGCUGAUCUCUUCUCCAACACUGACAUCCGCACAGAGAACCAUCCCAGGCACCACGCCAAGUUUGCCAAGAAGGGAUUUGCAACAAAAAUACAUUUUUCUUCAGCGUUCAGGUUCCAUGGGCUGAAGGUACCUACUGCAAAUAACAGCCUCUGGUUCUACAGCAUCCAGGGACUGUUUCGUGUUGCCUUUGAGAUGUACAGUAAGCAAGAGCAACUUGCUGUGCUGGAGAACUUCCAGGAUGUUUGGAAAUCGCAGAUAAAUGACAGUCCUUUGAAAAUGAGUUACAGCCUCAGUGUGCAGCUGGACUUUCCCCUCUCCAGCAGCCUGCAUGAUACAGGAUCAAGGAAUGUAAUGUCACAACCUCAGCACUGCCAGGUUGACAGGGAAUCGGCGGCUGUGUGUGGCAGUGACACAGAUGAUACAUCAGCAGAUCAUGAUUACUGUUCUUUUCCCAAGCAGAGCGUGCAGACUUCAAGCCAGCCGCUUGUAUCCACAGUGAGACAGAAGUUGCACAGCUUGGAUGACAAACUCUCCUCUUGGAUUCAAAGCGACACAGAACAGCUGGAGACUAUCUUGCUGCUUGUGGAGUGCGUCGAUAGGUACAUAAAUGGGAAUCUAGAAGAAAAGGAUGUGACAGAAACUGUGUUAGCCCUACUGAAGGCCAAAGACUGGGACUGUGUGUAUUCAAGUUCCCUGCUCUGUGGAAUAGGAUGUUGGCUGGGCCAACAGUUUCACGCAGCCAACAGCAGCAUCAGUCAGAAAGUGGAGGGCUUUAAAGUUCAGCAUAUUGAACGAAUCAGUGACUUGCCACCUGCUGAGGAACUAGCCACAGAGCUAUUCCCAGAGGCCAUGCAAGCACUGCUGCUUCAUUGGAUGGGCCUGAGUGAGGAAUCAACUGUGGAGAAGAGACACAGCGAGUAUCCAAUCCUGCUCCUCAUCCUUGAGUUCGCCAACCAUAACCUCAUCACUGGUGUGGCUCAUGUGCUGUACUCCAGUCUGAUAUGUAAAUAGGAGUGGGUUUCCAUUUAGGUAUUUACACACAGAUCUGCAAUUCACCUAAACAAUAUAUGUGAAGUUGUCCUUCCUUGCUUUGGACAGUCUUUUGCCGCACAUACUAC